AUGGAAGCGCAUAUGGAAGAAAAGCCUUUGGUGCUGUCAAAUGAAUUUGAUGGCAAGAAAUUUGAUAAAAAUGUUAAGACGAUGUGGGAUCUUCUGCGAGAGGAUAAAGUUUUCAUCAUUGGCAUUCAUGGAAUGGGGGGAGUGGGAAAAACAUUCCUAGCAACUUACAUGGAAAGUGAGAUAAAGAGAACCAAAACUUUCAAAGAUGUCGUAUGGGUAACUGUUUCCCAUGAUUUCACCAUUUUCAAAUUGCAACAACACAUUGCAGAAAUAUUAAAAAUAAAGCUUUAUGGAGAUGAUGAGAGGGAAAGAGCAUUGAUUUUGGCGUCAGAGUUGGAAAAAAGAGAAAAUAUAGUACUUAUUUUGGAUGAUGUUUGGAAAUACAUUGAUAUGGAAAAGGUCGGAAUUCCUCUUCGAAUGAAGGGUAAUAAAUUGAUCAUCACAAGUCGUUUGAGACAUUUAUUUUUGUUAAAACUUGGAGACCAUGGGACACCUUCAACACUUCCCUCUCAAGUUUUGGAUAUUGCAAGAUCUAUGGUAGGGAAAUGUGAUGGUUUACCACUUGGAAUCAGUGUAAUGGCUCGAACCAUGAAAGGGGAAACUAGAAUCCACUGGUGGAGACAUGCCCUGAAUAAACUUGACAAAUUGGAAAUGGGAGUGGAGAUGCAGGAAGAAGUCUUAACUGUACUGAGACGUAGCUAUGAUAAUUUAACUGAAAAGGAUGUACAAAAAUGUUUCUUGUAUAGUGCAUUGCUACCAAAUCCUGUAAGAAGAUAUCUUUUGAUUAUGAAUCAUGUUGAUAUGGUACUGUUAAAUGGAAAGAGGAGGUUGGAAGAAAUAUUUGACGAAGCAAAUGUCAUAGUGGAUAAACUCAUAAAUCAUUCUUUAUUGUUGGAGGAUAAUUCGGAGCUAACGAUGCAUGCUCUGGUGAGGAAAAUGGCCUUGAAUAUCAUCAAAGAGAAUGGUAGUAACUUGAUGGUAAAAUGUGAUGAAAGUAUGGAAAAGAUACCUGACAUUGAGGAAUGGACAAUUGAUUUGGAAGUAGUUUCUCUGGCUAACGAUAAGAUACAAGAAAUUCCGGAUGGCACAUCUCCUAAUUGUCCCCGUCUGUCUACCUUGCUUUUAUUUGACAAUGAAAUUAGACAUAUUCCAGAGUGUUUUUUCAUGCACAUGAAUGCUCUAACCACACUUGAUUUAUCAAGAAAUGAUCGCUUGACACGUUUGCCUCAUUCGUUGUCUAACUUGAGGACUCUCACUUCUUUAAUGCUCAAUGGUUGUUCACAACUGAAAUAUAUACCUCCACUGGGAGAUCUACAGGCAUUGCUAAGAUUGGAUAUUUCAGGUUGUUUCAUCCAUGUACCACCGGAAGGUUUAGAAAAUUUAGUAAACUUGAAAUGGCUAGAUAUGUCCAGCAAUGUCGAUUUGGAGUUGGUACCAGGAAGUUUUCUCCCUAGUUUGACCAAUAUUCAAUAUCUAGAUCUUUAUGGUUGUUCAGGUAUAAAAGUAGAAGAUAUAGAGGAGAUGAAUUUCCUUGAAUGUUUUGCAGGAGCAUUUGUCGAUCGAGAGAACCUCAAUCGUUAUGUGCAACAAACACGGGACAGUGCUUAUGGACCUCAAAAUUAUUCUAUCCAUUAUCAAGAUCGGAGUUACAAAGGGCAUUGGGAGAAAUUUUGGAACCGGGAGUUUCUUUCCGAAAAAUAUAAGUGUCGAACUAUGUGCAUCAAAGAUUGCGAAGAAUUGUCAUAUGUCCUCCCGAGAGACCUUGUGAAGUUAUUGUUAAAGAUUAUACUUCAGUUGCUGCCUGUUUCAUUUACAUUAAAAUAA